AUGAAAACCCGUUUGCCCAGGCUGGGGAUUUCACGUUGGAUUUCAUACUUCAGGUCUUCCAUGGAGGUGUUUCAGAUAGAGCCAAUUGCCAUGAAUAAUGAUGGCAAUUCUAUUGAAGAAUCAUCUUUUCAGCAGUUAAUUCCUCCAAGCUCUCCUGAGAUAAGUGGCAUAUCUGGAGAUCCACAAGUGAAUCCCCGAGUUGGCAAUGAGUAUCAGGCAGAAAUUCCUCCCAUGAUAUCAGAAUCUCACCAUUUUCAGCUUUCACUGGACCCUUUUGAUUCAAAAGUCACAGUUGAUGGUUCUCAUUCCUUUCUAAUAGGUUUACCUAUCCCAAUUACUUGGAUUCAUGACACAACAAAUGACAGAAAUGAAGGGUGCACAAUGAGCAAUCCUGAUGAUUCAAUCCAAGGGACAUGGUCAAGCAAAUCAAGAACGACUGGAAAGAAUAAUAUUCUGGAGAAGAAAGGUUCAAAACAAAAUGCAGAACCAACAGAUCUUGGAUUGGACGAUGGAAAUGAACCAAAACCAGUAACUCUUGGGCGCAUGGAGGCAGGAGAAGCUAACUUAUCUUUGCUGCAGAAAAGCAACAAUUCUGAUCCUGUUCCUGGUUCAUUAAAUCAUCCUUGGAGUGAUGUCGAUGUUGAUAGUUUUAUUCUUGGUUUAUAUGUAUUUGGUAAAAAUUUUGUUCAGAUAGAGAGAUUCAUGGAAAACAAAGAUAUGGGGGAAAUAUUGUCCUUCUACUAUGGAGAAUUUUACAGGUCUGAUGGAUAUCGCAGAUGGUCAGAUUGCCAGAAGAAAAAACGAAAGAAAUGCAUCUAUGGACAGAAAAUUUUUACGGGGUGGAGACAACAGGAGCUGCUCUCUCGUUUGCAUCCUCAUGUCCCUGUGCAUUCUCAAAAUGAUUUUCUAGAGGUCUCUAUGGCAUUUUCAGAGGGGAAAUUUUCUCUAGAAGAUUAUGUAUCCAAUUUAAAGGCCAUUGCUGGCAUUAAAGCUCUUGUAGAUGCUAUUGGAAUCGGUAAGGGAAAGGAAGAUCUAACAAGUCUUGCCAUGGAACCUGCAAGAAGCAAUCCUUUGUUAUCUAUUUGCCCAAUUGGCAAAGCUUGCUCCUCUUUGACUUCCAGUGACAUAAUCAAGCUGUUGACUGGGGGCUUCCGUUUGAGCAAAGCCCGUUGUAACGAUAUAUUCUGGGAAGCUGUUUGGCCCCGUUUGCUAGCAAGAGGGUGGCACUCUGAGCAACCAAACAAUCAGGGUUGUAUGGGUUCCAACCAUCCUAUAGUGUUUCUCAUUCCUGGUGUUAAGAAGUUCUCAAAAAGGAAACUUGUGAAAGGUAACCACUACUUUGAUUCUGUUAGUGAUGUUUUGAGCAAAGUGGCAUCCGAACCAAAACUUAUUGAGCUUGAAACUGAUGUAGCUUGUUGCAGGAGCUGCUAUGAUGAGAACAGGUGGGUUGCUUGA